AUGAUGUGCUUCGAACACCUCACACGUCCUCUUGCUUUGCAGGGGAACCUGGAGCACCACGAGAGGCCCGAGUGGACUCUCCUCAACACCCCAGACGGUGUCUGGGCUAUACUUCAAAAAUAUUGCGACCGCCAGCUGACCUACUCGAACGAUAGGCUCGCUGCUGUAUCGGGAGUCUUGAAGAAGUGGUCUCGAGUCAACCCCGGGUGCUUUUCGUACUGGGGCAUCCCGAUAGUCGCCUCCAGCUGGCCUGUAGUAGACGCCACUGCUUCUAAACGCGCCUUUCUUGCUGGACUGCAGUGGGAGAUCCGACCUGAAGGGAAGAACUAUGCCAGGCUGGCAGGUUUUCCAAGCUGGUCGUGGGUAUCGCAGAACGGGAAGACGUUGUUUGGUCACCAAGGCUACUUCCAUCUGAGGCCUCCCAAGUUAUUGGGACUCGCGGAAAACUUUGACGCAGAGGUUUGGGUGGAAAUACCUCAGGGCAACAUGGUUGAAUGGGCCGACUUCUUUGAGACUGGUGGUCUUGAUUCGUCUAUCAUGCAGUGUACGAGGUAUCUUCACAUCGAAUGCUGGUCAUUCCAGCCCGGGCCACUCUGCUAUCGGAAGAUCAAACGGCGUUCAGGUACUUCGCAUGACGACAUGUUCUACCUCCCGACAGCGUGCAAACCCCAUGAUGGAAAAGGAGAGUUUGUUAUCAAGUUUACCCCAGAUUUUGGAUACGAAGAUACCUUCCUCGACCGAAAACUUACGGCAAUAUGCUUCUCGCCUCUGGAGCACGCAACGUGCGCUAUAGUUCUCGAGUCUAUCCCAGGCCUCACGGUGAGAAUAGGGUUACUAGCAUCCAUGAGGAUCGAGGAUCUGGGUUCACACGAAUCGCAAAUUGCUGAGAAUCUGCCAUUUUCUGACCUUCCAUUCGUGCCGCAGAGGCGUCGUUUCCAGUUGGGAUAG